CUUUGAGGAGGCCGGGGCUUCUUCGAGCCAAGCUCGGGCCGUCGGCGGCCGCCCCGCUCUGCCCGUCCUCUGCCCGACCGCCUUCUGUGCUCAAGCCGCUGGGGACGGAGCCGUUUCAGCUCGGCCCGUGGCCCCUUCCGACGGCGGACGUGUCCGCACCCCAUUUCGUACACUCUCUGGGCGGGUUCCUGUCACGGCAUGGCUGAGGGCGUCUGUCCACCGGCAGCGGACAACGUGGCGGUCCGAAGUGCUCAGCAGGAUGCCCGAAAGGCGAGGAGACAUCGACGGGAGUUUCUCAUCAUGAGCAUCGCUUUUGCGGUCAACCACGCCGCGGUGACGACACCGAUCCUCUACGCAUCUAGUGUGCUCACCAGCACUGCUGGGCUAAGCGGCAACGCAGUUCUGUAUGGCGCGACUUUGGUUGUAUCGCUGUUGUUUGCCAACCCACUGUUCUCGUUACUAGGUUCAAAUAUAGGCCUGUCUGUCUCCAUGGUCUGUUACGCGGCGUACGUAUUCCUAUUUUCUGUUGCUGCCGCUGCGUGCGUGCAAACGGACGCUCACGGUGUGUGCACCGAGGGAUCUCUGGUGCAGUUUCCAGCCGCAAUCGUGGGCGCGACGAUCGGUGGUUGUGGAGCCGGAUUGUUAUGGACUUGCCAGGGUGCGAUCUUCGCAUCUUCGGCACAGAGGUUGGCAGAAGCCGAGCACAAAGGCAUGGGUGCCACGACGGCAGAGCUAGCAAAGACGUUCGGUGCCAUCUUUCUCGGCUUUGAGGCCGGCGUCAGGUUGCUAACCACGGUGUUGCGCGAGUAUGCGAAGCUGAGCUACUCGGACAUAUUUUACAUGUACUCCUCGCUUGCCCUUUUGUCCGCUUUGGCGUUCAUGGCGACGGCGACAAAUCUGCAGAGCGGCGCCGCUGUUUUGAAUGCCGAGCUCUUCUCGAAGAUACUCGCCGCGGGCAAGCUGUGGCGUGACCCCAAGUUCUGGCUGCUGCAGUUCACGAAUAUCACCUUCGGACUCGCCGCCGCGUGGCUGGCCGGGUACGUCGGCGAGAACAUCCUGUCGAAGGCGGUGAGCUCUGGCGUCAUCGGCUUCGCUAGCGCCCUGACGUCGGCGCUCGCAGCCGUGCUGUGCCAGGUUCUCGGGACGGUCUCGCAGACGACAGGCAAGGGGCCCAUCCUGAUGCUUGGCGCGGUGUGCUUCGCACUGCUCGGGGCGCUCAGCAAGGUCGGCGACCCGACCGAGUGGGGAUGGGGCGCCCUUGUCUUCUACGCCUGCAUGGGCGUGGGCCGGGCGGUCUACGAGAGCACCAACAGGGCCAUCUUCGCAGAGUACUUCCCCGGCCCCGACAGGAGCCCCGGCGUCUUCGCCAACGUGAUGGUGUUCACCACCGGCGCCACCAGCGUGGCCUUCGUCUUGGACGCCACUGGCAGGGCGGGCGUGGAGCUCCACCUCCUGCUGCUCUGCGCCGCCCUGACCUCUCCGGGCUUCCUGCUGGCGGCCGUGCUCGCUCGGCGCGGGGAGGCGCAGGAGCUGCUGGCAGCGGACGGGAUCCCGCCGUGAAGCCACGGGCCGAGCAGCAGGGGCAGUCGGGGUCAGCGGGCUCGCGCCAUCGCCGCGCGCCGCCGCGGCAGCUGGCAGACGGCCGCAGGGCUCCCCUCGGCCAGCACAGCGCGGACCGGGACCGCGAGAGGGCCCCCCUUGGAGGACGAACACCCAGAGUGGAGGGCGCUCCGACCCACGGCCGCAGCGUUUCUCGGGCCCGCCGGUGCCCUGGCUGCUCGCCAGUGCCCUGGUGUCGUCGGGGGCCCUGGUCCUUCCGCACUCUCUUGUUUCCUCGUCUCCGCCCCCUCCCUUUCCGCUCCCCCGGGUCCGCCACCCCUUGAGGGGGUGCCGCCAAUUUGCCCUGCAGCUCCUGCUGUGCACGGGCGUCCCACUUGUCCCCCUCCCCUCCUCCAUCGUUCUCACUUCCCCUCCCUCCUUCCUCCUCAUACCUCCUCCUCCCUCCUCUUAUCUCCUGUCUCUUCCCCCGUCCUCUUUCUGGAGUGCAUGGCGCACGAACUGGGUGCAGUGCAGCCAGAUGCAAAGUUUUCGCUGGGAGCGUUUCUUCGACAUAGGCUGGUCCUGUUCAAGCCGUUUCUCGCACGUGUCCUGAGAAGGCUUUCAGAUGUGCUGCCCUGCGGAUUUUCAAGUGCACGGAUACCAGUCGGUCCGCACUGUCCGCUCGUCGAUAGUCUAUGGGGCUGGGCCACCCCAAAUCCAAUGGCACCAUCCACCCCACGCCCUUGUUGGAUUUCCACGACCAUGCCGUUCAUUUACCUUCGUGAUGCGACGGAGCCCGCGAUUGUAGAAUGCUGGCCGCAUUCGGCAGGUGUGGCCCCCAAGCGUUUGAUGCG